AUGGUUGCUGCUGAGAGGGCAGAGCUUCUGGCGCGCUGCAGAGCAUUGCCAGCGCUGCACGCACGUCGGAUGGAAGAUACGACCUUGAAACACAAGCGAGAGCGAGCUGAGCUGGAAGCACAGCUGGCAGAGGCAGAAGCGAAGUUGCAGGCACAGUUGCAAGCCUUAAGACAUGGAACUACCAGCCGUGCUGUGAAAAGGUUCCCAGAAAUAACAGUAGUUACAAAGCCUCUGCACAGCAUCUCCAGUGAAGCUAAGACUUCCACCAAAAGCCACCAGAGCCCAAACAACCCACAGCAUGACCCCAGCCAAGAAGACAGUGAUCCUGAUGAUGAUUAUGAUUCAAUGCUGAUCAUGAGAAACUGCACAGCCCAGCAUGCCAACAACCCAGACCACGCCGCACCAGCCAAUGGUGACGGCGUCACCGUUGACAUCAUCGCCACUAGCAUGGUCGACGGCACAGCCGAUGGUGAUGACGUCGACGCCGCCGCAGGUGAUGACGUCGACGCCGCCGCAGGUGAUGACGUCGACGCCGCCGCAGGUGAUGACAUCGACGCCGCCGAUGACCCCUUAGACAUCGCCGCCGCAGGUGAUGACCCCUUAGACAUCGACGCCGCAGGUGAUGACCCCUUAGACAUCGACGCCGGAGGUGAUGACCCUUUAGACAUCGACGCCGCAGGUGAUGACCCCUCAGACAUCGGCACAGCUGCCGAUGACCCCUCAGACAUCGCCGCAGUCGCCGUUGACCCCUCAGACAUCGCCGCAGCCGCCGAUGAGCCUUCAGACAUCGCCGCCAGCGCAGCCGCCGAUGAGCCUCCAGACAUCGUCGCCGAUGAGCCUCCAGACAUCGUCGCCGAUGAGCCUCCAGACAUCGCCGACGAUGAGCCUCCAGACAUCGCCGACGAUGAGCCUCCAGACAUCGCCGACGAUGAGCCUCCAGACAUCGCCGACGAUGAGCCUCCAGACAUCGCCGACGAUGAGCCUCCAGACAUCGCCGCAGCCGCCGACGAUGAGCCUCCAGACAUCGCCGCAGCCGCCGACGAUGAGCCUCCAGACAUCGCCGCAGCCGCCGACGAUGACCCUUCAGACCUCGACGCAGCCGCCGACGAUGAUCCUUCAGACCUCGACGCAGCCGCCGACGAUGACCUCAAAGACACCGCCGCCGCUGAACACUCUGAUUCCCCUGUCGCCGCUGCCCCCACAGCUGAUGAGAUCAUCGACAGCAUCAUCGCAGAUGACCUCACUGACAUCACAGACGUUGUGAAGGACAACGCCGUAUGUGUGGCGCUGGCAGCAGAAGGGCAGAAACAACCACCGCUCGCAACAGGGGCCAGUCACUGUUACCGCUAUGAGCAUUGGCAUGAGAAACAGUGGGUGGCAGCAAGGCGUGCAGGUGAUCCCUCUCACAGGAUGAAGGUGGAUGGAAUUCUUCAGAAUCACCUCCACCUGGAGCUGAAGCAACCCACUUUCAAGAAGGACAGUAUAGCUGUCCUGAAAUCCUUUCACCGUCGAAAGAAAAAGAAAAGAAAAGAACAUCAAAGGUGGAGAAUGGCCAGGUAUGCCACAACACCGCAGCCACAUCCCUCCUGGUGACCCAGAGCGGUUGCCUGCCAUCACUGCUAGCUUGGUCAACAGAGCUGCUACUGCUACCCCAGCAUCCAGCUAUCCAGGUGAUCCGA